AUGUCAGAAUCUCAUAAUCUCAAAAUAUCAGAAUCUCACAAUCUCAAAAUAUUAGAAUAUCAGAAUCUCAGAAUCUCAGAAUCUCAGAAUCUCAGAAUCGCAGAAUCUCAGAAUCUCAGAAUCGCAGAAUCGCAGAAUCUCAGAAUCUCAGAAUCUCAGAAUUUCAGAAUCUCAGAAUUUCAGAUUUCCAGAUUUCCAGAUUUCCAGAAUAAUAUCAGAAUCUCAGAAUCUCAGAAUCUCAGAAUCUCAGAAUCGCAGAAUCUCAGAAUCUCAGAAUCUCAGAAUCUCAGAAUCUCAGAAUCUCAGAAUCUCAGAAUCUCAGAAUCUCAGAAUCUCAGAUUUCCAGAAUCUCAGAAUCUCAGAAUGUCAGAAUCUCAGAAUCUCAGAAUAUCAGAAUCUCACAAUCUCAAAAUAUUAGAAUAUCAGAAUCUCAGAAUCUCAGAAUCUCAGAAUCUCAGAAUCGCAGAAUCUCAGAAUCUCAGAAUCUCAGAAUCUCAGAAUCUCAGAAUCUCAGAAUCUCAGAAUCUCAGAAUCUCAGAAUCUCAGAAUCUCAGAAUCUCAGAAUCUCAGAAUCUCAGAAUCUCAGAAUCUCAGAAUCUCAGAAUCUCAGAAUCUCAGAAUCUCAGAAUUUCAGAAUCUCAGAAUCUCAGAAUCUCAGAAUCUCAGAAUCUCAGAAUCUCAGAAUCUCAGAAUCUCAGAAUCUCAGAAUCUCAGAAUUUCAGAAUCUCAGAAUUUCAGAUUUUCAGAUUUCCAGAUUUCCAGAAUCUCAGAAUCUCAGAAUCUCAGAAUCUCAGAAUCUCAGAAUCUCAGAAUCUCAGAAUCUCAGAAUAUCAGAAUCUCAGUGUUUCAGAAUCUCAGAAUCCCAGAAUUUCAGAAUCUCGGAAUCUCAGAAUCUCAGAAUCUCGAAAUCCCAGAAUCUGA